GUUUUGGAGCUCGGAGCUAUGUCGACGAGCGUCCCAGUGGCGCUCGCGAGCGCCAUGAGGACAAUGCCAGCGCCUGCGAUGCCUGGAGUGAUCGAUGCCUUGCUGCUGGUGACUGGAGCGUCGUCAUCGGUGGUGUUUCGCGAUCUCCUGAGGAUUCUCGAGCUCCAGGAAAUUAUAGAGCUCUUCGAAGCUUUCAAGGCAGCGGCGCUACAUCUCUUGUUGUUGUCAGAAGAUGCUUCAGACGUUCUCGAUGAAUUGGUUCGUGCCGUGUGUCUUCCAUUGCUUUCCACAGAUUCUACAAAGGGAUCUCGACUUUUCGCUGAAGCGAUUGCUAUAAAGUGUAACUGGGACUAUGCCUUAGCUACAUUGGUUCCAAGUUGCUCACGAGCUAUGUCCGCUGCUCUAGAUGGAAAAGAAGCCGUGGUGAAUGGUGCCCAGGUUGUUCUAUCUUUGCCAGCCACUUGCCAGGUCGUGAGUCAGCUGCUCCUCGUUGCGAGCGACGUGAUGGUCAACGAUUUUUGUGCGAGCAUGAUGGAUCAGUUUUGGUCUCCAUGUCUCCGGUUAUUGUCGGAGUCUAUGGACGACUCACUCCGAAGCUUGGUCUUGCAAACAUUACUGCCUUCUCUUUUGAGAGCCUGCAAACUCUGUCAGCUGAAAAGUGGCCUGGACAAUGUUUGGCAAUGCUGUCAGGUUUUGCUCUCUUCGAACAAGUCCCAGCGCCGGGACGCAUACAGAAUUCUUAGCAUGAUUGAUGACUUCGGAGACUUGGGAAUAAGGGAACCACAAAUUUGGGACGAACUUCGCGCUGGACUUGUAGAUGGCGAUUCUCUGACAAGGAAAAGAGCACUACACGUGCUGAAGCAUUUCUUGAAGUCCGUUGAGGUUCUGAUGGGCAACAAUAGCACUGCAGAGUCUGUGGAAGCAUCCCGAAAAAAUGGCUCAAAACGUGAACAAUGGGCCAAUGAAGAAGCGAAAUCUUUAGGAGUGGAGUCCUGGAGCUCAGAAGUGUUGCUCAUGAGUGAAUGUCAACAAUGGACAUCCUUCCUUCUCCUGUAUGACACACUUGAAGAGUAUGGUAUUCAUCUUGUCGAGGCUGCAUGGGAAAAGCAGAUAAUUGCGCUCGUACAAAGUGUUUCUAUCGAGGAGAAAACUCUUGUUAAACGUUUGGAUUCACCAUGGAUUUUACUGCUUUUCGAGCGUGGAUUUAAGCAUGGAAACCCGCAAGUGAGACGGCAUGUUUUUCAAUCCUUUUUCAAAAUAGAAUGGGGCACGAAAAUCAGCAUUUCUCGUGAGUUUGUUCUUGGGCCUUUACUGUGUGCACUAAACGAUCCGGUGCACCACAAAGAUUUUGGUGUAAAUGGUAUUUAUAUAUCAAACACUGGAAAGCUAGCGAACCAAUUUUUUAGAUUCUUUACCUCUUCGAUGAAUUUUAACACUCGAGUCAACUUUGUUAUCAAUUUUUGUGACACAAUGAUUAAGGAGCCUUUGUGUCGAGCCGGAUUAAUGACCCUCACUUCAUGUGUAGAAGUUGUGGCUGCCACGGGUUUUGACAAUGCUUUGCUACAUGACUCCUGCGAGAGUACACGGUUGCUGGAUUCUUUAAGAUUCAUAGUCGAAAGCUCCAAGCAUCAUUUCAAUCCACGAUACCGUUGCCAAGUAUGUAGUUAUGCUCUCAAAGCGCUAAGCAGUCUAUUCUCCAUUACGGAGCUGGAUUUUGGCUUGCUAUCAAUUUUUCUGGGGUCAUUCCCUCGUGAAUUUCUCGCCUCGGCAGGACCACUUCGUUCCAGUUUUGAUCACUGGCUAAAGCACUCCGGAGAGAAGGGACCAGAGCAUAUAUUUAAUGGGCUCCAAUCUCAACUCGUGGCAUUUCUAAAAUGUCCUGAUAGUAAAGAGCAGUCAUAUACUAUCACCGAAGGUGAUAUCGACUCUUGGCGGGAGAUUGCUGACAGAUGGGCCAGAGUUCUGUUUAUUGGAGUUCAUACUGAGCAACAUCAAGCUGAACUGCUGCUGCUACUGGAACAGUAUGCCGCGGAUAUCUAUGGUCGGGUGUACAUGCCUGUAACAGUACCAGAAAAGGUUCUCCUAGUUCUUCAAAGCCUUAUCAGAGAAUGGGCAAUUUCUGCUACUGGUUCAUUCUUACAAGCUCGCCUGACGAACCUUUUUCGGAACAUAAUGGAUGAAUUGGUACCCUACGCAGAGAAGUCCGCAGUCGCAUUGUGGGAGUUUGAAUUGGACAGUUCAAUACAAUUAGCAGCAGCUAGUGGAAGAUUAGGCGGUCCAAGUCUGCGACGGUUGCCACCUCGGGCUGCUUUGGUUGUGGUUAAAGCGGUGUUGGCUGUGGAGACGCUUGCUGAAUGCUCGGUUUGGAUUUCUGUGAACGAUCCCAGGGGCCUCCAGGACUCCACUGGAAAGUUUUUGUGGAAAAUUUCGUGGAAACUCUUAGAAGCUUACAACGUGCAGGAGGACUUGCGAGGAGAAUUUCAGCUAGCCGGGCUGGAGGCUGUAGCAUCUCUUUGUAAAGCCUUGCCUGUUGCAAACAACAAGAGAAUGAUUCAUAAUGCGACUGAAGAAGGCCUUGCAGAAAGUUGUUCGGAUCCUGCACUGUUUGUGGACAAUCUAGUGGCAAAGCUGCUUAAAGCCUUCGAAGAUACAAAAGUGAGGCUGACCAGAAGUCGAUGCGCUGUUUUAAGCCGCCACAAGUGGUCUUGCCUAGAUGGAUUUCUUUCUCUUAAGAACUUAGGAGACGACAUCAAAAUCAUGAGUGCUAUUUCUGAACUUACGCUUCUUAGGAUAAUGCAGGAUGCUCUGGAAAGCAUUGCAAGCGCUGGUGAAGACUACGUGAUACCAAUCUUUAGGUGUGUCCGAUGGCUCUUUCACUGGGGUUUACUGGAUCUGCAAGAAGAUCCGCACCAGGUGGUGUGGGAGCUUGUUCGCUCUGGGUGGACCUGUAUUGCAGAUUGUAAUAAGCGGAAAGUAGCUCUUUUUGCAGCAUUUUUGUCAUCUUUCUUCCAUCCAAGGCUUUUCCCAAUUGCUGAUAUGCACAACACAAAUGACAAUGAAGAGGGACCUCUAAAAUGGCUUCUAGGGAGGCUGAUCGAACUCGGAUCUCGUAGUCCUCGCACGAUGCGUCUUACUGCCUUACAUGUGAGUGGGCUUUGGUUGAAAUUUCCAGAAACUACAACCUUCUACAUGAAAGAGAUACAAUUCAUGUGUUUGUACGGUGGAGAAGCCAUAGAUGAAGAGUUCGAUGGUGAAAUUUUCGACAAAGAGCCGUCAUCGCGAGAAUUUUCUGCGUUGAUAAAAAGCUCCGAUCCGGAAUUACAAGAGGCCUUUUCGAACUCUGAAAUGUUUGUCCGAGUUGCUAUAGCUAUAAUGAUGGAUAAGUUUGCGCAGCUGGUUGAGAAGGGAGCAACACAUAGUUAUGAACUUAGGAUCUCCAUUCCAGCAGUACUAAAUUGUGGCCGAAGCUUGUUGUUUCAACUUUUAAAUGCUGCUGUACAUGAUUUGGACUUGGCAAAGGAGCUCUACAAAAAAAACAGUGCACUCCACAGGCGAAAAGUGAGGCUGUGGCAGAUGCUGUGCAUAUUAACACGCUUUGUCGAUGAAUCCAUGCUGGAGGACGUGAUUUUACGUCUGGAACAAUGCGUGUAUAGGAAUAAUAUGCCCUCGGUGCGGCAGUACAUAGAAAUAUUUGCUGUUCAACUUUAUCUGCGUUUUCCGGCACUUGUGAAGGAGCAUUUAGCUCGUCGUCUUUCUGAUGUGAACAUGAAAACCCAGGCACUAUCUUCAUAUGUGUACAUAGCAGCGAAUGUUUUAAGGUUCAUAUCUCCAGAGCACAAGGAGGCCGUUUUGCAGCAUUUGCUACCCGUUGUUCUACCUCACAUGACAAGCCAUCAUCAUAACCUGCGUACUUUCACACAGGUUCUCUUUUUCCAUGUUUUCUCUAUUUAUCGGAACAAUCCAGUGUUGAGCGAAAAUUUGGGAUUGUCGUGUUUGACUAAAAUCUCUUCCUAUUUGGAGAUGAAUACGGACUGCACAAGGCUGCGGGAGUCUGUGGACCAAUUUCUUUUUAAGCUUGAGCCUUCUGCAGCUUCCAAACCCAGGGGCCUUUUCUGUAACACGGCAGAUGACGGCACGAAAAUAUUGGAAGACCGACCUUUUGAAUGCGUCCCCGUAGCCGUGCUAGAUAAGGUUGCGGAGCUCCUCAAAGAGACAAGGGAGGAGUUACGAGGGUCUAUGGCCGCUAAUGCAGUUUAUCUGAACUUUGGAGAUGAGAAAAUUGACGACAAGAUUGAAACUAAUCGCGGAGAUUACCAAAAGAAAGUCAUUCCUUACAAGGAUAAGACAGAGGAUGCAGAAGCUCGUUUGACAGAUGUGGAGUAUGAAGACAGUUUGCUCUUCUCUCUGAUUGACAAGAAGGGCAGGGAACUUGCAAAAGCUUAUGAAGGGCGUCAAGAUCUGAUAGUUGUAGCGUCUUUAGUCGAACGAAUUCCCAACUUGGCAGGCUUAGCUCGAACCUGUGAGGUGUUUAAAGCCUCUGCACUUACCGUAGCUGACAAGAAAAUACUCGAAGACAGACAGUUUAAGUUGAUCAGUGUAACGGCCGAACAGUGGGUUCCAAUCCUAGAAGUAAAGGAAGGGGCUCUAAUACGAUAUUUAGAAAGAAUGAAAGAUGAAGGUUACGCUGUACUGGGACUGGAGCAAACGGCUAAUAGUGUUGCUGUGAACAACUAUUCCUUCCCUUCGAGAGUCGUCCUAGUUCUGGGGCGAGAAAAGGAUGGGAUUCCCGUGAAUUUAAUCCAAACACUAGAUGCUUGUCUCGAAAUCCCGCAGCUAGGAAUGAUUCGCUCGUUGAACGUACAUGUAAGUGGAGCUAUUGCCGUUUGGGAAUAUACAAAGCAGCAUCUCCAAGGCGGUCCGGGCCUAUGAUAUGUCCACCACCUUUUUCGGGCGAAGGCAAGUGCCUUGUCCCUGGUGACCAUUUUGCUUGUCCUUGGAAUCUUCCACUUUUUCUUUGUUUUGGAGCGUAAAGCUUGCGUCUUUUGCAGGAAUUUCCUCUUUCUCGCGGACCAUGCGGAAUAUUUACCACCUUUUGAGCUAGCAGGCUCGGAAAUGUUGAUGAAUCAAACGACAGAUUAAAAUACUGCUGCUAUUCCACUA